ACUUUCGGAUCAAACACUUCUCUUAGUACCUGUUUCUGUAGACGUGCCUUAUCCAUGGCCUAUUGGAAAUAAUAAUCAUUAAACUGUGUGUACAGUGAAGGAAUCUAGCAUAUCAGGUAAGUUUGUGAGCUAAUUCUGAAUUGUUUGAGGGCUCCAAUAACCUGCAUUUCACUGCGGGGUACGUUGAUUUGCUUCAUCGCUCAGCUGUCGCUCUGCGAUCAGCUGUUUCUCUGGAAUCAGCUGAUUGCCUCAUCUGUAUGUGCCGUGCGGUAAAAGGGUAUUGCGAAACAAAGAGCAGUUCGAUCACUGGUGAAAUCUUCCGCCAAGAUCCGAAUUUCAUCUCACAUGCGUGGACUUUUGAUUAGAGAGCAGACGUUAAUAUUUUUUGCUCAUUGGGACAGGCCUGAUUUUCGACUAAAUUAUUGAUUGAGCUUGGAUUGUGAGAGAGGUAGCCUUGGUCAGCAACCGAUCCAGCUACUAACCAUAUUUCUGUCGCAGAUCAUCUAAAAAAGAACUCAAAAUGUUUAUCAAGAAGCCAACGUUAGAAACGACGACGAACCGUCGCUAUUGGAUGGUAGGGACUAUGAUCUUUGAGAACCUGUUUUUCUCGGCCGUUCUCUUAGGAUGGAGUUCCCUGCUUCCGGUAUUAUUAACAGAAGGAUUCUACAGUACAAGAUGCAAGGAAGAGGACAUGGAAAACUCUACCUUAUAUGAUGGUAUGGGAAACGAGACUGAAGUGCAAUAUGACGACGAAGAGGGUACCACGAUAAUGUACGAUGCCACUGGCACGAUGACGCCGAGUCCGGAAAAUUUUGGACGACCAACCUACCCACGAUGUUCUGCCCAAGACGAAGCAUUGAAUUUGGCCUUCACGAUCGGGUCUUUCUUGCUAAGUGGUCUGACAUUCCCUAUAGGAAUGGCUAUGGACAAGUUUGGUUGCAGAUUGCUAAGAAUGGUUGGAGCAGUCAUGUUCAUUGCGUCCUGCCUGAUCUUUGGCUGGACACCUGUUGAAAUGUCGGAGAUGAUUAUCCCUGCCGUAUCUCUCAAUGGAGUCGGAGGCAUCAUGGUCACCUUUACAUCAUUUCAGGUUGCCAAUUUGUUUGGUACAAAGAGAUCUACAGUGAUCAGUCUCAACAUUGGUUCAUACGCAUCGGCAGCCAUCUUGUUCCUCAUCCUCAAGGGUCUCUAUGAUGUAGGUGUAAGCAGACAAGCCAUGUUCACUGGUCUAGCAAUAGCUACGUCAUUUGUCAUCAUCAACUGCUACAUUAACAUCCCCAAAGAACCCAUCCCAGAUCCUGAAGGAUCAGCUUUCGGAAUGCACUGGCAGAUUUUGAAGGUUAACCACAAAGUAACCGGCAAGCAGUUCUAUUCUAUGGUAACCAAUGUUGGACGCAAGCUAAGUGUAACUGAUGAAGCUGCUGAAGAAGCCAAACAGACAAUGAUUCGCAAAGGAAGCAAGAUCUACUCCUCACAAUUGAACCUUGCCAUUGAGCUGAAAGAGCGCAAGAAGAAGAAGAAGGAAAACACCCUGCUUUAUUCUGUCUGCAGUCCUAUCUACAUGCUCUCUCUUAUUGUCAUGUGCGUCACCCAACUUCGUCUUCUGUUCUUCAUCGGUUCCCUAACUCAGAUGCUUCAGCUUGUCAGUGGCAAUGACGUAGACAAAGUGGAUCAGUACAUCUAUAUCUUUGGUAUGAUGCAGUUGAUGUGCCUUUUUACCAGCCCUCUGAUUGGUUUAGUCAUGGACUUCAAGAUCAAGGAGGUUCUCCAAGCAGCCAAAGACCGGGAACGAGGCACCAGUCGCCGCGAGAGCACAUCCAAGAGACCCGGUUCCAUCAGCGGCGAAUCCAAGCGCCCAAGCAUCAUUAGUCUUUCUUUCUUGAAUGGAGAUGCCAGGAGACAGAGCAAUGGGUCGGUCGGAAACGGACACGCUAAGAGACUUGGCAGCUCAAGCGGCGAUGUGGAACUGGGACUGAAUGGAAACGGAGCAGUAUCAACAAAGCAGAGGCAUCCAAGCACAUCCAGUACUUCUAGCAGCGACAGCACGAAUCCAAAGCCACCGAUGAGUCUAAAGAUCAGGAAACUCUAUAAUUCAAGCUAUGCCUUCUUCAUUACAAGUGUUCUCAUCAUGUUCUUUGGCAUCACUAUCUUAAUACCAAACCUUCAACUUCAAAUUCUUAGCUUCAUCCUCCAUACUGUGAUCCGAGGGUUUAUUCAUUCAGCUGUGUGUGGGCUCUACGCAAUCACCUACCCAGCCCCUCAGGUCGGCCGUCUCAUCGGCCUCCAAUCCCUCAUUUCGGCUUGUGCAACACUUCUACAGUACCCUAUCUUCAUUACGAUAGAGGGCCCACUCAAUGGCGACCCUUUCUAUGUAAAUGUUGUGAUGUUGGCACUGUCUGUGCUCAACUUUGGUCUUCCAGCCUACAUGUUCUACCUCGCCAAGAAGCUUCGAAGGGAACAGAAGAAUGAGCAGGAGCCCGAUGAACAGAAACUCAUCAGGUCGCCUACCAGCAAGAGUGCCCUGGAAACUGUUCCCGAACAUGUCUGAACGAAGAGAGAUUUCUGUCUGACGGUUUGAAGGACUUUACACCAAGACACCAUUCUGGUUAUUCUCAUGGCAGAGAGCAUCCGUUGAUUAAGUAAUGCUUGGUGGAGAAUAGAGAGACAUCGGCGGACCUUGUAGACUGCAGAGCGUCUCAAAGUAUUUGGCGAUCGGGUGGCUGUGUUGCAGCCAUAGUGUGUCCUUGUUGAUGAACUGUUACAGCCUGCAAAAGUAUUCCAAGAUCCAAGCGGUUUCAAGGAGCUCUCGUGCACGCUGGACCCGACUGGAAAAGAUGCAAAUGAAUUGCAUGUUUUUCCAGAAUUCAAGUAUGGCCUGCGUUGUUGUAGAUUUGUGAGAGGCAAAGUAUUGAUGUGCAGGACAGAUCCUCUAUUUAUUGAACAAUUAAGAAAUAUUUCUUCGUGUUUAUGAUAACUUGCCACAUAUUCUACUUACCUUAUGGCUUAUAAGCCAUUUCCCUCUUAAAAUUCAGAUGAUACAAAAAGGAUUUAUUAUAUCAUGACAUUGACAAUAAUCAACUUUCUAUUUGAAUGAUAUCUUCUCGAACUUUUAUUUGUUCAUUUCAAGCUAUAUAAGGUGGAGGGUCACACUCUGUUGCUUCCAGGUGGCUAAAUUUUUAUUGCAAGUUUCCAAGAAUACAUUGUUGAGCUUGUAUAUUCUAACUGUAGCAAAUGUUCAUUUAUGUGCAUGAGUAUAUGCACAUCUAACAAGUGUGUGAAUUAAGAAAUAUGUUGCUUGAAUAAGGAACAUGUAUACCUGCUAAAGUAGACAUGCCUAUUCAAUUGUGAUCAACAUUUCAUAUAUUUUUUUGUGUGUUACAUAGUAGCUCAGGUCAGAAUUUUGAAUGGCUCAAAUGUCAAGCUGGUUUAAAAGUGAUGCAUAUUGGAUGAAAAAAAACUACAUGUUGUGCCUUGAAGGCCAAGACUUCAUCACAGGCUUAGCGUUUAAAAUAUUCAAGUCAUUAGAGUGUGUGAAUAAUUCAAAGUAUACAUAACUUGGGCAACACAUGGAGAAAAGCAAUUGUUUUGCUUGACUUAGCUGCCGCUGGAUUGAAUUAUGGGAUAAAACAUGCAAAAGCAGCAUUGCAGAUUAAAAAAGUCUUAAAAGCAUGCCUAAAUAUAAACGGUUUUGUACCUUAAUAUGCUGCAGAUGUUUGAAUGUUGAUUUUCUUUUUGUCCUGUAUAUAUUCAUUGCUAUAUACAUGACAUAAUUCUUUUGUAUUGUGGUGGAAUUGAUUUGACUGGGGAUAGUUAUCUUAACGUAGAAAAAUUUGGUAUAACAAGGCAUGCAUAUUUAAUGGUAAAUAUGUUUUUGUCAUUUCAUUAACUUAUUCUAUGAUGUUGACUUAUCUUUAUCCUCAUUUGGAAAUUAUGACAACCAUGACUUAUACAUUGCCCAUGGAUACAUACAGAUAACCUCAAAUUCUAAUGGGAACAUUAUAUUUAUGCAUUCAAAAUAUUGGUUUAUUUUAGUGCAACGUUAUGCUGUAUAUAUUUUAACAGCUAGAAGGUAAAACAUGUAUUCUUAGUCUUUCUGGCAUAUUAAGUGUGAAUAACUUCUUGUGCAUUCCAUCAAGUCACAGCUACCAGGUUAAGACCCAUGAACUUAAUAACAAACUUCCCGUAAAAGAUUAUUGCGAUUGACUUCUUUGAAUUAAUACUAGCCCUUGAUAAUGGGUAAAGGAAAGGACCUGAUAAAGUACAAUAAAUAUGACAUCUCUAUAUUGAUUUGAGGGGGGAAUUAACAAGAAGAGGGAGACAAGAAAAUUACAUCAUUACAUGAUUUGUACAUUAUAGAUGGAAUGGAGCUCACCUUUUUUUAAGAGGCUGAUUAGGGGAAAGGGUCCAAUAACAAUGAUCGAUCGCAAGAACUUGUUCCCUUUAGCUUUGUGUACCCCACAAAGUUUUGCAAUCUUAAAAGUGAUUUCAAUAAUUGAUAACGCAUAAUGAUACUGCAAGGAAUUGAGAAAUUCGACCUUAUCAAUAGCUUUAGUUUUGCUACAGCUGGGCCCGGAAUAAAGCAGCAUUUCAUGACUACACGAGUUUAACAUUGGUCUUAAACCGGAGAUUUGUAUUCGUAACUUAAGGUUAUUGUAUCCUGUAUAAUUCAGGGGUAUGAAUUAUACUUUGGUUUGCAUUAUGUAUUUAGUGGUAGUAAGAAAGUGCAAUUCGUAGGCUUUUUUUUUAUAGAUACAUGUGUGUUGUGUGAUUCUAAUGUUCCUCUUUUGUUAGAUUUGAACAGAAUUAAAUCUGUGUGCUGAUUAUCAAUGUUUGCAUCAUGUAAUGAUCCGAUUUUAAAGAUGUCCCGACUUCUUUGACUUUGACGAUGUUCAUGUAUGCUCUCUAAGAUUAUUUUUAUAUAAACAGUAUUUGAAAGGCAUUUGUUGAGCUCUUUGUUUACAAAUUCAUGAAUGCUAGAUGUAACCAAAUGACUGUUUUUUUAAUAUAUAAAUGUGGAGUAAUGAGCAGAUGCAGGCGUGUGAUUUAUUACUCUUCCGCACCCAGCCCAGCAGUGGUUGGGAAGGCAAGGGAAAAAAAUAAGAGAUGGAUUUCACAAAGUAACUAUUUAUAAAUCCUCGACACUUAUUUUUACAAGCAACACCUGAAAUAGAUCAUUAACUUUAAGAGCUUUUCUAUUUAUGGCAGUUCUGGACAGAUUCCAAGCUGUUUCCAGAGCAAACAAGUAUAUUGUUCUGCGUUGCCGUUGAUACUCGGUAUGUGUCAAUUAGGAGCAAGUGGUUUUUCUUGGAUUGAUAUGUCUGAAAAUAUAUUUACGUGUAUCAUACAUUUUUGAAGAUGUAAUAAAAAGAAGUAGUUCUAUAUUGGCAAGGUAUAA